AUGAACAACGGGCAAGAUAUGUCUCCCGAUUUUGUCUUGAUGCGUCUGGUGUCUGCGGCCGAAGACGACCGCUUGGACGAGGAGAACGGGAAUCUGUCGUCGGGUACAGAAGUGGUGACUGGAAACGUUAAAGGUAAACAUGAAUGUGCGCAGAAUCCGGUGGCGCUCGGUCACCUCUCAGCAGGGAACAAAGCCGCGCAGCCGUGCGGAAGCAACGCACCUGACACCGGCGAUGUGGCCGGCAGAUCCGCGCUCUCUGUCCCCCCUGCUCAGCUUCAUUCCGCCGAGGCCCGCAUUUACGAUCUGAGCAACAGAACCGGGAUGGGGCCUCAGCUGUUAGUUUUCCGAAAUGUAUCCAGAGACUCUGAAGGAUUGUCAGAGAACAAUGCGGAUAACAGACAUGCUUUUGAUGAGCAGGCGACGCAUAGCUCUGAAUCGAGCGCUAGCAUCAAUAACAAUUCGCUUAGUGCUGUAGAUGCUCAGCAUCAUCACCAUCCUCCCUGGUCGCUGCAUUCUCAUCCUCACACAGCGAAUGCUGAACUGUGCCCCCGGCAUCGUAUUAUCGGCAAUACACUAGAAUGGUCGGACAAAUCAAAUCUAGAUACCAGAUGGACCUCCACGACAGUACAGGGAGAUCUUCAUUUUUCUGAAAGGCCUGUUUUGGAACUAGCACGGAAAUUCGGAGAACUAGGAGUAACCGCGGUGCCCGACUUUCUCCUCAAGGACGGCGAUGUACAACACUGCUCCUGCUCAGCCACAACAAGACAAGGUGAAGACCCCACAGAGACCAGCGAUGCUCUGCUGGUGCUGGAGGGCCUCGGGUCAGAUGAAGUCAAUGGCCUGGGCAUGAAAAACAACCCUGAUUCUCAGAAGGUCAAGCCAGAACUCAUGGAUAAAAUGCCUGGAGCUCUUGCACUUGAAUGUUUCCCCUCUGUACUUUCAGGCCAGUCUGUGGGGGGUCUUUGCUCACCAUCAUUUCAGGAUUCACAGCUCUGCUGUUUGCUCCGAGGUUCCCUGACCCAGAAGGCUCAACUUAAUCCCUCUGAGACAGUCAUACCACAGGUCCCAACACCAUCAGUGGAGUCCACUGUAAAUGGCCUACUCCAUGACACCCUUUGUUCAAGCCUCAGUUCCAGUCCAAACAUGCAACAGAAAAGUGCAGCUGCAUCUGGAGAAAAGGCACUAAAAGUGUCUGGAAAGUCCAGAAAGGGCUCUCUUAAAAUUCGACUAAGCAAACUUUUCAGAACUAAGAGUUGUAGUGGCUCCAAUAAUUUUCUGGAGAAAAGACCAUCAAUAAACUUUUCUAUUUCAUCUGCCAGUAGUUUAGUGGACAUGUCAGGCACAAGCAGUGCGGAGCAGGACACAACCAGCCAAUCUGGACUAACAAGAGCCCAAAAUGGCUUCUCUGGUGCUCCAGUUUUCACUGGAGAGACAGUUUCACUAGUAGAUGUGGACAUCUCACAGAGAGGAAGAAACUCCCCUCAUCCUCCAACCCCCCCUCCACCACCUCGCAGGAGUCUCAGUCUGCUAGAUGACAUAGGUGGGCCUCAUCCUGGGCCCUUCCUAGUCAAUGUCAUGGGAGCAUCCUUGCAGUCUCUUCCCUUGCCUCUUCCUCCUCCUCCUUCCCUCCAUGCCACCAUCCAGCACAGCCUCAGCCUUAAUGACGCUUUCCUCCGAGCACUUCCUCAUUCUGCCCCAUCACCAAUCGAGACACCACCUCCAGUCAGAGUGGCUCCAGCCCCAAACGUGUGUCCUCUGAAAGGAGUCGAUUCUAGUAGCUUCACAGCCAGCCUGAGAGAACUUGAGAGGUGUGGGUGGUACUGGGGGCCGAUGAACUGGGAGGAUGCGGAGCUAAAACUGAAAGGGAAGCCUGAUGGCUCUUUUCUUGUGAGAGACAGUUCAGACCCGCGGUACAUACUCAGCCUGAGCUUCCGAUCGCAGGGAGUCACACACCACACUCGCAUGGAGCACUACAGAGGUACCUUCAGCUUAUGGUGCCAUCCAAAGUUUGAGGACCGCUGCCAUUCUGUAGUGGAGUUUAUCGAGCGUGCCAUUAUGCAUUCGAAGAAUGGAAAAUUCCUUUACUUUCUGCGCUCACGUGUACCUGGGCUCCCACCAACUCCAGUGCAGCUACUGUAUCCAGUCUCCCGCUUCUGUAACGUCAAAUCCCUGCAGCACCUCUGCCGCUUUUGUAUCAGACAACUCGUCCGCAUUGAUCACAUUCAGGAGCUCCCUCUUCCCAAACCCCUUAUUGCCUACCUGAAAAAGUUCUACUAUUAUGACCCAGAGGAAGAGAUGUACCUGUCAGUUAAAGGCAUGAGGCAGAUGGCAGGUGUGGAGCAAGAGUCAGAGUCUGAGACGUAAUCGGAUGAGCCACAUUCCCUGUUUUCUAUGUAUGGAUAGCAGAUGGGAUAGCGCAUAGGAGCCCCUGGUGCACAGUUCUGCCUCAACUUCCCGUCGGUCUUCCAGAAGAGGCCAAUAAACGCCAUCACAAUGGCCGAUCUUCUUAAUUUUGACAAAUAAAAGUCAAAUAAGGCAGUGGAAUGCUAAUGUGCUGUCCAUUUGGUACUAGAAGCCAGGACUGAUUAAGCUGAUCUGGCACACCACACAGGCAGAGGACAAUAAAAAUAAAAUGCAUAGAAGAUAAUAUGUGACCUGGAGUUAUGAUGUGAAUCUGUAGCUCAUGAAACUUUCAACUUUUUAAACUUGACACAUUUGUGAAUUCUAUGUUUUCCUUUUUGAUUUUGUCUCUGUUAUUUUGCCGUCUUCUGUUUUUCGUUACCUCAAUUGUAACUUACUCUGCCUGACAGCAGGCUGACCGUCUUUACAGUAAAACAGUG